CGCGAAACGGCGCCGCGACGUGAACGUCGCGCGGAGGCACGGAGAACGCCGCCGAGGAGGACGCUCCGUGAGAUAAAAGCUCUACGAAGAUUUAUUAAUAGAUAAGCUCCCACUGUGUCAACGUAAUUCGCGUCGACAGUCGUCGCGCGAGCCUUUAAUCGAUAGCUCGAGGUCGACAGUAUCGAUAGACGGACCGCCCUUUCGAUUCUCUCUUCUCCAGUCGGAUCCCCGACGUUCGUACGACUCGUUUGGAUCUCGCCGAGAUUUCGCGACUCCGGAGUGCCCAGGUUGCGAUCGCCGGAGCUUGAGAUUCGCCGUUAUUCUUGCGCGAGGACAUGACGACGGCGGCGAGACCGACCUUCGAGCCCGCCCGGGGAGGCCAGGGACGCGGCGAGAAGGACCUGAGCGCGAUCUCCAAGCAGUACAGCAGCAGGGACCUGCCGUCGCAUACGAAGCUCAAGUACAGGGAACAUGGUCAAAGCACAAUCGAGGAGCUACGAAAUCGGGACUUCAGAAAGGAACUGGAGGAGAGAGAGCGGACGGAUAAGGAUAAAGGUUCAGGCCGUCGUGCCAUUGAACCUUCCAGAGAGUCGACUACGUCCAGUGCAAAGAGGCAGAAGAUAGAUCAGGUUCCCGCGGCCAGUUUAGAUGCGGACGAUCCACUCGAUGAAGACGAGUCGGAUUCUGACAGCGAGGAGGACGAUGCUGCCGCGCUGCUGGCCGAGCUUCAGAGGAUUAAGAAGGAGCGAGCAGCGGAACAAGCUAAGAAGGAAAUGGAGAAGCGCCAGGAAGAGGAAAGAAUACGCAUGGAAAAUAUUCUCUCGGGAAACCCUUUGCUGAACUAUUCCUCGCAGAGUGGAAGAGUGGAUAUGAAGGUGCGAAGACGGUGGGACGACGAUGUUGUCUUUAAAAAUUGCGCGCGCUCCGAACCCAAGAAGAAGCACGAUGUGUUCAUCAACGAUUCCCUGCGAAGCGAAUUCCAUCGCAAAUUUAUGGAGAAGUACGUUAAGUAAUUUAUUAGAUUGUAAGCGGCAACGUUGUAAAUAAUUUUCUAAUGCAUGUUAAGUCGAAUAAAAGUACAUUCACUCUCAUCAUUCAUGAAGAAA